AACGAGAAGGAAAGAAAAAGAGGAAGAAACCAUAAGUGCGAAAGAAAGAAUGAAUGAAUGUUCGAGCGAGCGAGAAAGAAAGGCAGCCAGGCAGGGAUAGUAUAGAAAGAAACAAUUAGGGGUUCCUACAAAAAACAAUCUUCGUUAGAAGCAAUGAAUUAAAUUCACAAUUUCGUUAAUCAAUUGGAUGUAAUUUUCCUGUCUUAUAAUUAUAGAUAACACUUCCAAUGAUUGUGGAUAAACUAUUUGGAAUACAAUUUUGUUUCCUAGAAUUUGAUAAUUUGAUUGUUUUUUGUCGUGAGUCCCUCAAACACUAUAACAAAAUUCUCCUUAUCCGUCUUCUGUUCGCUUAGUUUUCCGCUAUUAAUAUUUGUAACGGACGGUAAUUGUAGAGAUUGUUAUAGAAUACGCAUCAAGGGACCAAAAGGAAGAUAAAGAAACCGAUAAAAGAGGAACAGAUAGCGACGUAGUUAAGUGCAAACACGUAGAUUUUCUUUUUCAUUCCAUCGUUUUCUCGUGCCUUCAUUUCGCCCGUUAUUGUGACUCGUUAAAAUAACUAACUACUUGAAAUUAUUGUUACUGCCGGAAUAUCAUUGUAAUACCGUCCCGCACAUGCGACCUAACUGAAAUUCUAAAUGAAAAGAAGAUCACGAAUAGGCUAUCGAGUAGAAGGCAAGAAAUAAAAGACAAUAAAAAAAAAUGCGCACAUUUAGUCGUUAAGAAUUUAGGUCGAAGAACAAAAAGAGAAUGAAAAGGAGUACGGGCUCAGAGAGUCGUUUUCGCGCCAACUCUUCGCCAAUUAUUAAUAUUACUAUAUUAUAGAACUAAUAAUCUACUUGAGGGAUCCAUGCUCAAAGUAAGACUGCCAAGUAAUCGAAACACUCCAUAUCAUCGUGAUUCUUGUAUUUUGUACCUAUUUCGGAUUGUGUACCCGUGAAUAGAAUUUAGAAACUUUCUUUCAUUACAUUUAUUAUUAUGCAUAUUAUAUAUACAUAAAUAUGUUAUAUAAUUCUCCUUUGCUUCAUGCCAGUGUUUCCUUUUUUUUUUUACUUUCAGUCUAUUCCGUUUGCAUAAUAAUCCCAUUGAAGGUAUUUGUUCCUUGUCCUGGACUAUUUUAGUUAACUUUCGUUCAGUUCUUUCUUUUUCAAUCAACUAUCUUAUUAUUGUAGCAGCUAAUAUACGUAUUAUUAUGUAUUUAAUUUUCUGAUCGACAGGAAUUGACAUAAUUCUUUGAUAAAAAAGUUCUUAAAUUUAUUUCAUUUGUUUCUUUUCUCAUUUACACCUUAGAGUGAUAAUUGAUCGAAAAUCGAAGAAACAAGGGAUAUUAAGAAUAUACACUUUAGUCCUAGUGCCUUUAAAUAUCAAGAAUAUCUUCUAAUCAAACUUUUAAGCAAUACAUUCCAAGUAUUGCGUUCAUUUAACAUAUUCCGUGCCAUUAUCUGUGAUAAUCCAGAAACUAAUUUAAUUUCAUUCUUAUACCCAAUUAUCCAAAUUAUAGCCAAAUCAAAUUGGGUCAGUAUCAUUCGUUUUCAGUUAAUCUAAAUAAUACUGGAGGAGGGGUAAAAUGGGAAAAGGAAAGAUCUAUAACUCGAUUUUAAGUCCAGCUAAUCCGACAAUUUACGUAAUAACUGAGCUAUUAUUACGAAGGACGAAGCUAUUAUCAAUCUAGCAAUCGCUCGUUAACUGAAUACUACAUCGAUAUCAGAUUAAACGUUUUUUAACCACUUUCUUUUAUCCAUGUGGCACGGAACGUGUCAAACGCGAUAAGCCUGUGAAAGUAGUUAUAGAUUAGACCUGUUGAUGUUACGUCUAACACAGACGUAGAAACGUUUUGUUCACAAAAAAUGGGUUUAUCUACAGAACUGUUCCACAGCAAUCUUUUGAUAUUGACACUAAUUUCAAUUGAAUAGAACAUAAUUCUCGUCUCUUACGCAAUUUCUUUUAACAAAAUAAUUCUAAGUCUGUGGAAGGUAUAAUAAUCGAGGAGAAAAGACAAGAAGGCCGGAUUUUUACUCGUAUCGCGUAACGAGUGAAAUGAUAAAAAUGGGCGAGCUGCAUUCGUAGAUAGUGAUUAUUCUAUUCUAACGAAUUCCUAUGCUGAUUAGAGGAAAGAACAUAACUAUAUCUGUAAUAUCGUAUGUGCGUUGUGUGUACGUGCUUCCUCGCACCUGUAGAAGCGAUAAGAUACGAGAAGAAAAUUAUAUAUGAACAGAAAAAGUAUAUAUUAUAUAUAUGAUAUAGAAUUAUAACGAGCCAGCUAGAUGAGAAUUGCUGGAGAAACGAGUGAUAAUUAAUUAGUAAUGACAGUCAGUUGACAUCUGUUAUUUUUUCCAUUUAAUAUCCUGUUCUUUACUCGUUGAUUACGGUAGCUACUACUUGCUAUAUCACAUAUGUAGUACGAAAGGGAAAACGUUUUCCUUCGGCAAGAAAUCAUGUUUGUUCUUUUUUUUAAUAAAAUUUCGUAACUAGAGAGGAAAAAUAAUGUGGCUCGUAUUAUUAUUUCGUGAGUUACUAUUUAUGUUUUUGCUUUCGGUAUUUGCGUUUUCAUGAUGUUUCUCGAAGAUCAACAAUGUACUGCCAAGGAUAAUCCAUAUAUUUUCGUACGAAUGUUCUUCUGGAAUUGAACAAAUAAAAUGUCAGCGAGUAAUCCAGUGAUUUUGCCUGAUUCUUGAGCUACACCAGCCGCGCCUUUCCUCCUCAUUGAUGGGUUUCACAUUAAUUAUUGUUACAGGAAAAGUCGUACCGUCAUGUUUCAAAGCUUACGAAAUGGGUAAGUAAAAUCAUUCACGGAAAAAGAAAAUUCUUAUGAUAAUUUCAAUCCGAGGAGGUUUCAAUGUAACAUUUUAAUAGUAACAAAAUUUCAACGAGAACACAUCAAAGUAAUAAGGAUACAAGGAAAACAUUUACUUGUUCGCAAUGUUCUAAAUAAUUGAAAACUGUGAAGCUAAAAAUAAUAUUUAAUGUACUUCUUUCUAUCAAAUAAUUUGCUAAUUUGCUCGUACUAGUGUACUAUUUCUGUUGGACCGGUGGAAUUUAUGAAACUAUGCCGUCUCUGAAGGGAUUCGUUGCACGUGCACAGCUUUGAGAUUGACGAUUAUCGAAAUGAACCUCGAUGCUCGUUCCGACAGUCGAGGUCCAACCAAUUUCGGUUCCCUCUGCUCGCGUUAUUGCAUCAGGGGACACGGAGAUUAUUCUCAUUUUACCCAUUAGUAACUCGAAGCUCAGCCUUAGAGUUAAAUGGAGUCAUUAUCUCGCGUCCAAGCGAGCUGUCCCGAAUGGAUCUUUCAGUUCGUAACUGUUUCCCUGAAGGACGGAAGCUAAUCCGCGUUAAAAGAUUCAUCUAACAUCCCAUACAACUAAAAGCUUUCUAAACUGCAAUCAUAGUUGACAAUUUUGUAAUUAUUAGUUUUCUCUUUAUCCUUCCCUUAGCUUGCGAAAUAAAAUAGUCAAUUUUGUAUUCUACAACCUCUUUCAUGAACGAAAAUUUCAUGCACCAAAUCUAUUAUAACUUUCAUUGGAUAAAGAGUUGAUCGAAAUUCUUUAACCAUUUAAAUUAUUUGCAAAAAUUGCAUAAAAUGUUUUUCACAUUGCAACCGUUGAACCUGGCAUUAUCAGUGGAAACUCGAUUGUCGCAACAUUGUCGCAGUAAGUUUUAACAGGCGUUUGUAGAAAUGCUAGAGGAAGCAGCUGAAGCAGUCGUUUUUGUUCAGCUGCCGGAUUAGGUCGGAACAGCAUGAAACAGGUAAAGGGACUGAAAUAACCAUAAAGGGAAAGUGGGUCUUUUAUGGUUUUAUGACUUGCUCAAAAUUUUACUGUCUUCAGAUAAUUCUGACGUCCUGUGCAUAGUACGACCACGAAUACAUUUCAUUCAGAGAAGAUAAACUACGCAUUGCAUAUUUUACUGAUAGCAAGCGCCUUCAAUUUAAAAAAAAGUCUGCUUUUCCAAGUUUGGAUCACAUGUCUGAUCAUGAUACGCAGUCGUGUGUAUACGUAUAAUAACAUCACGUCAAUCUUAUAAUUACAUAUAAGUACAUUGAAGGUAAAUGCAAUUCAAUAGUAAUGCAGCGUUGCUAGAUAUUUUUCUUACCGUCAAACUAUCUUCAUAUGAUUGUAAUAAUAAAUAUCCACAUGAAAAUGUACAGACAAAUAUUUUAUCAAUCGUCUCUUUAAUAUUGAAAUCAUGUACAAGGAGUUAUCACCAAGGUAAGUAAUGCAUUUAAAUUUUCUUUUCUUUUUGUAAUAAAUAAGACUUUCCGUAGUAAUUACGGUAAUCUUCUUAGUAAGUAACUUUCAAAGGUCUGCUUGUAAUACUGAAAGUUACAAACUGUAGUAUUAAAAACGGUCCACGGACUGUUCCACGAUUUCGGUACGCUGCAAAUGGACAGGCCAGGUAGCAAGCAGGUCAAGAAUGAUGGUGUCCGAUGUAUAAUACAUGUAUACGCGAGCAGAGGAGCCGGAGGACAGAAUUUUCUUCAGAGGAUCCGUUCGGUUAGCUGGCUAGAAGCGACCGGCGGCAUCAGGGGCAAUGGCCGGUCAAAGUCCUACCUUCGACAUUCUAUCCCCACCAAACUCUUUUGUUCCUGUCCUUCUUGUUCACCGUUUCUACCUCUGCCCUCCCCUCUACUCAUGCAUCACCGCUGCACCCCCGACAACUUUACUCUUCUUUCACCUUAAACUUGUUCCCUCUCAUCUCCUUAUCUUAUUUACCCUCUUUCAACUUUUUUAUUUUCUCUUCCAUUUACCUUCCCCAUCUCCACCGAUGCGUGAUUUUCGGCGUUCGUUCAUUCGUUCUCCUCUCGUUUUCACACGUAUUCCUUUCUCGACUUCCAUUUCACUAACAAAAUUUGCUUCAUCAUCUGGUUUGUUUCAUUUUUUCUUUCUCAUGUUAUUUAGCCGUUGGAAAGAAAAACGUUCUUUUCCAUGUCUCUAAAUAUUUCAAGUUUUUCAGUUUUAAGUACUGAAAGAAGUAUAGUUGCAUUAGAUCGCCACUAGAAUUGUAAUCUGUAUCGUAUCGAUGAUUUAAUCGGCUUGAAAUCACAACGGACGCGAUAGCGAUAAUUAUUGAUUUUUUAUCAUCGAGUGCUUCGCUAUUUAGUAUCAUGAUCAUGCGAUACGAAACUUAUCAUUAUCGUUACACAUUAAAAAAAAAGCCGUCAUAAGUGCGAUUCCACGAUUUCAAUCCAACUUUUGCAAUUAAUUGUUUUGCGAAACGCUAUUCCAUUUAAAGCCAUGUAUGAAUGGACCCUCAUGAUAUUUACACGAUAUUAUUAAUUGACAAAUUGAAACGGUCCUAUUCCUUGUUAUACGUUAUACGCAGUUCGUGAUCAACGAAGACCCAACUAAUUUUGACUGACAGAUUUACGAGUUAACGUUAUUGAUCCUUUUACUAUUAAAUCAAUUUGGCACACAAGGGAGUCAUUGAAUUGCGAAAACGAGUACGAACUUUUCAAUGAUCGUUCUAGAUCGAGGAAUAAUGAGGACGCUUACGUUACGUCGUGUGUAGGUAGUUAAACCAACAGUAUAGACGUCGUAAACGCGACUAUACUAAUAAUUAACGCAAAAGCACGUGUACAUGUGUAUAGGUAUACAUAAAGGGAACGAGAUGUCUACGUAACAUGAUUAAUGAAUUUCUAACUGCCAACACUUUUACUGUUAAACUUAUUACUCGGUGAUGUAACACUUUCGCUUGUUUGCAUUUUGCAAUUGCAUACUAUUACAUGUAUGAACGUUGAACAUUGUCGUCAGUUUUAAAAAUAUCUUUAGUUUUGCCAUUUGCUAUUUACAUAUAUGUAAAUUUCGUUUUUAAAUCAGUUAUUGAAGCAGGUGAACCGCAAUGUAAAAUGACGUAGUCCACACUGUGCAUCUACUAGGAAACUUCUUACGAAUCGUAUAGUCUUAUAUGGUUUCUCAAUUUUACUUCAUCUAUCCGUGUUUUAAGGUCGAAUAAGCCCUUAAAUAAGGACAAUGAUAAAGCAUUACUUGGCAUUUAUUUUCAAAUAAGUAGGAAGAUCAUUAACUACAUGUAUACGUGCGUUUAUACUAAUUGCCCUCGCUGUAUCAAACAAAUUCUUUUUAUAAAUAGCUUUCACUUCCAUGAUAUUAAUGUAUAUUGAUAAAAUAUAUUUGUCUAAAAUAUUUCGAAGACUAAACUACAAAUACGAUCCAUUUCCUAAUUUCUGCGUGGAAGACUAUCCUUUUAAAAUGAAUGAAUUAAGAUCGAUCGAUCAAUCAGGAAAUGUUCUUGAUGAAAGAAUUGUACCAGUUCUAAUGAUGAAACGGUAACUCAAGUACCGCGUUAUCUAGUUUUAUCUAAACGAAUAAGUGGUUUCAUAAUAAUAAUAACUCGUGUACACCUUCUUGUUCAGACCUAUGAUUACCGCACGGGUUUUCUGAAAUGUCGUCAACUCACGAUAUAAUGCCACUGCGCAAUCGUCGCUGAUAAGGAGAAAUAAGAUUUACCAGUUUCAUGAAUUCAGUGCGAGAAUCGAUCGACAUUAAAUCGGUAUCGCGGGAAACCUUUUUGCCGCUCGCGAUCUUUUGCCACAUUAUUAACUCGGGGUGCUGUGCACAGCGUCAAGGAUACUGAAAGUGGCUAUUGGAUAACCGGAUACCAGAAACGGUCGAGAGUCUGAGCAAACGUAGAGAGAUUUCACGUGGGAACGAAUGAGAAGAUCGUAAUCCAAAAAGAUCUCUAAGAUUUGCAGCAGAGAUGGCAGACCUGUUAGCUACGUUUUCGGUUAUCAAGAACCAUGUCAAGUUGAAGGUCACGCAGGAUGCCGUGUCCAUUGACAACAUGGUUUUCAAGCUACACUAUAGAGUCACGUUUGUGGCACUGUUGCUUUGUACCCUAUUGGUAACUUCUAGACAAUUUAUCGGGGAACACAUAAGGUGUAUCAUCGGGGACAAAUGGGGCGAUGAUCAAAUAAAAGUGAUCAACACUUACUGCUUUUUCAUGUCUACUUACACUGUGCCGAAAUACAUGAACUUAACGUCCGCGGAGUUGGGUGAAAUCGCACACCCCGGCGUGGGACCAGCGACCAAAGACGAUCCUGUUGUGCACCAUGCCUACUACCAGUGGGUGCCCUUCGUCCUGUUUUUUCAGGCGAUUCUUUUUUACAUGCCUCACUAUAUAUGGAGGAGAGCUGAAGGGGGUCGUUUGAAGGUAUUGGUGUCCGGUUUACAAAUGGCAUCGUUAGCUCUGCGCGAGACAUCUCUGAAGACUGAGAACAAUAUAACUAUUCCAUCGAGGGGCGAGCGGGACGAGAAAAUAAGACAGAUUCGACAGGCUUUCCUCCAGCGUAUUCACUUAAAUCGGCCGUGGGCGUAUUCGCUGGGUCUCUGUGAAGUUCUCAAUUUCAUUAACGUGUUGGUGCAAAUUUACUUAACCGAUUGGUUCCUCGGCGGCGCUUUCCUCGGCCUUGGGAAAGUGUUGGGACAGGAAAGCACCGAUGGGAAAGUAGAUGCGCUCGACGUCGUGUUCCCUAAAGUGACCAAAUGCGUAUUCCACAAAUACGGUGCAUCGGGUUCGAUACAAAACCAUGACGCACUUUGUAUAAUGGCGUUGAACAUCGUUAAUGAGAAGAUCUAUGUGUUCCUCUGGUAUUGGUUCAUCAUUCUCGCUACGGUAACCGGUUUCGGGCUCAUUUGGAGGAUACUCACUAUGAUUUUGCAUGCCAGGAGCGUGCUGUUCAACAAGAUUGUGUUCUCCAUGGCUUGUCCUGGGAAAUACAAUCCGUGGAACGUGUUGGCGGUCACCCAUGAAUGCCACUACGGGGACUGGAUUUUCCUCUAUUAUAUAGCGAAGAACUUGGACAACUACGUGUUCAAGGAACUGUUGCAAAAACUUGCACAGGAUCUCCAGGAAAGACAACUACACGCCGCCCUGACCCAAGAAAAGGAACCGUUAACCGGGGAGUCUUAGCUUAUGCUUUAUCUAGUGAAUAUUAAUUAAUAGAGCCAUUCAAAGCAAUGUGAGUAUUUCAAAUUAAAAAGCUAGCCAGCGAGACAUAGAAAGGGCAUUUAAUAAAACAAAGUAUAUAAAAUAGAUAAAUUGAAAAAUAUUUGAUGUAAAUGUAUUUUCAAUUCUAAUUAGUUUUCGUGAAACGAAGAGAAUGUAUGCAUCGGUUUUUUGCUGAUAAAAACAGUAUUUUAACAAUAUACUUUUCUUAUUUUACAU